AUGGUCAUUAGCCUCUCUUCUUCUUUGUCUUUCAUCAACUUAACCAAUUCCAAGUCACCCAUCUCUGAGUUUCCAUCAAAACCCAAAACCCACCUCCCAAAAUCUCUGUCUUCCACCGUAUGCUGUUCGUUUUCUUCAUCAGACCUUGGUUUUCAAUGCAAGGAACCGUUUUUCUUUCAAAAGGGUAGGUACCCACAUGGAAGAAGGUUCGAGUUCACGUCUUGUGCAAUUCCCGGGUUUGAUUAUGGCAACUUUGAGAGUGCCCAGUCUGUGUUGGAGGCAGCUGCUGUGUUAACGGCCAUAAUUGUUGUUCAUGAGAGUGGUCACUUCCUUGCUGCUUAUCUUCAAGGCAUCCAUGUGAGUAAAUUUGCUGUUGGUUUUGGUCCAAUUUUAGUUAAAUUCAAUGCAAACAAUGUAGAGUAUUCUCUUAGAGCUUUUCCUCUAGGUGGAUUUGUGGGAUUUCCCGAUAAUGAUCCAGACAGUGAUAUUCCAGUUGAUGAUAAAAAUUUGCUUAAGAAUAGGCCAAUAUUGGAUAGAGCUAUAGUGGUUUCAGCUGGUGUAGUUGCCAAUAUCAUUUUUGCAUACCUUAUAAUCUUUACUCAAGUCUUGUCAGUUGGUUUGCCUGUACAAGAGGCCUAUCCAGGGGUGCUUGUGCCCGAGGUUCGACCCUUCUCAGCAGCUUCCCGAGACGGGUUGCUUCCGGGAGAUGUGAUCCUUGAGGUUAAUGGAAUUGAAUUGCCAAAAGGAGGGCCUAAUGGUGUUUCAGAGAUUGUUGAUGUAAUUAAGCAGAAUGCCAAAAGAAAUGUGGUUCUUAAGGUUGAGAGGGGACAACAGGACUUUGAAAUUGGGAUCAUCCCUGAUGAGAAUUAUGAUGGAACAGGCAAAAUUGGAGUACAAUUGUCACCAAAUGUCAGGUUCACAAAAGUAAAACCCAAAAGUAUUCCGGAUGCUUUUAAUUAUACUGGGAGAGAGUUUUGGGGCUUGUCAUCUAAUGUUUUGGAUAGCUUAAAACAGACUUUUCUCAACUUCUCUCAGACAGCUGGUAAAGUUGCAGGUCCAGUUGCCAUUAUUGCUGUUGGUGCAGAAGUUGCAAGGUCGAAUGUCGAUGGACUCUAUCAGUUUGCAGCCUUGCUUAAUCUUAACCUUGCAAUAAUUAACCUUCUCCCUCUACCUGCUUUAGAUGGAGGUACCUUGGCUUUCAUCCUCAUAGAGGCUGCUAGGGGUGGGAGAAAGCUUCCUCUAGAAGUGGAGCAGGGGAUUAUGUCAUCAGGGAUAACGGUUGUUAUUUUUGUAGGAUUGUUCCUUAUUGUUCGGGACACACUUAAUCUUGAUUUUAUCAAGGACAUGUUGUAA